GCGGAGCGGAGCGGCUCUGGCUGCGGCCCAGCUUCCUCCGUCGCUUCCUGCCGCCGCCGACCCUGCGUGCUUGUUUGUCUACCGCCCAACGCUCCUUAAGUAACAGAUGCGGGUGAAAGAUCCAUCAAGAACCAACCCUGAGAAACCAAAGAGAAGCAAAAGGCCUAACAGGCCACAGGAUGAGGACUCUUCAGAUGAUAUUUCAGGCUUAACCUGCCAGCAUGUGAGCCAAGCAGUGGAUGUGCAUCAUGUGAAGAGAGCAGUAGCUCAGAGCGUGUGGUCAAUAUGUGCAGAAUGUCUGAAGGAGAGGAGGAUGAGUGAUGGUGAGCCCGUGGCACCUACAGACAUUUGGCUGUGUCUCAAAUGUGGCUUUCAGGGAUGUAGUAAGAACUCAGAAGGCCAACAUUCUUGGAAACACUUCCAGACAACACGCACAGAACCUCAUUGCAUUGUUAUUAACCUCAGCACAUGGAUCAUAUGGUGUUAUGAAUGUGAUGAAGAGCUGUCAACCCAUUGCAACAAAAAGGCUUUGGCUCAGAUAGUUGACUUUCUUCAAAAACAUGGUUCCAGGGCUGAGCCAAGUUCAUCAAAACUCAUACGACUCCGUGAAGAAAACAGUGAAACAAGUGAAAUACUGAAAGGAAAAAGUUCCAGUAAUGGUACAUCUGUUCCUGUCAAAGGAAUAAAUAAUUUAGGAAAUACGUGCUUUUUUAAUGCUGUCAUGCAGAACUUGGCACAGACUCACAUACUAAAUGAACUCAUGUAUGAUAUGAAGGAGAAAGGAACAAAGUUAAAACUCUGUCAUACUUCAGACUCCCAAUUGGAUCCUUUGGUGGUAAACCUGUCCAGCCCAGGACCCUUGACUUCAGCAAUGUUCUUGUUCCUUCACAGCAUGAGGGAGGCUGGAAAAGGUCCUCUUUCUCCCAAAGUGCUGUUCAGCCAGCUUUGUCAAAAGGCUCCUCGGUUUAAGGGGUUCCAGCAGCAGGACAGCCAAGAGCUUCUGCACUAUCUGUUGGAUGCCAUGAGGAUUGAAGAAACAAAGCGUAUACAAACUGGUAUAUUAAAAGCAUUUAAUAAUCCAACUACGAAGACAGCAGAUGAAGAAACUAGAAGAAAAGUCAAAGCAUAUGGAAGAGAGGGUGUGAAGAUGAACUUCAUAGAUAGGAUCUUUGUUGGUGAAUUGACUAGCACUGUCAUGUGUGAGGAAUGUGAAAAUAUUUCAACAGUAAAAGAACCUUUCAUUGAUCUUUCACUUCCUAUAAUAGAGGAGAGGGUUGCAAAACCUGUGACUUUCGGAAGAACAGGUAAAAGUAAAAGUGUACAAGAGGCAGAUCUUGGUCAGUAUAGCUGUUCUUCUAUCACUACACUGAAUAAUCAACCAAAAGUUGUCAAGAAACACACUUUAACAAAAGAUAAGAAUCAGUUGAACCAGGAGAGACGGCUUGCCAGAAGAGCUUCCUCAAACGAGGAAGACAGAAGUCCUGUUAUCAUGCAGGAAAAACCUAAAAAGCUUGAGCUGGAAGGCAGCUCUGGUGUCCUGUACUCCAAAGACUCGGCUGCUGACUCUGCCGUCAAUGGAAGUCAGACGGAGGGCAGUGAGAAGGAUGUCAGCCGCUCUGAGAGCAGCUUUGAUGCAGACAGUGAGGCCUCAGAAAGCGAAAGUGCUUCUAAGCAAACAGAUUUCAGCCCCUCCAGCACCGUCUCGGGUGUGAACCUCAACCACACCGGCGUCAAAACGCCGCACAACAAACCCAGCGACGGUAACGAUGAGGUGAUCUCCAGUGCCAUAGCCAAACUUGGCUUCUGCGAUACUAAAAAUGAAGAUAAAAAAUCCAGCCGUGGGGAUCCAGCAUCAAGUUUAUCAAAUAAUUCCCCGUUCUCCGUAGACAAGUCCUCGCUAUCCCAAAAUCCUCAGAAUGCUUUUCAGACGCUUUCCCAAAGCUACACAACUAGCUCAAAGGAGUGCUCUGUUCAGUCCUGCCUUUAUCAGUUCACUUCUGUAGAGCUCCUGAUGGGGAACAACAAGCUUCUGUGUGAGAGCUGCACAGAAAGGAAACAGAAGUAUCAGAAGAAAACCAACUCCACAGAAAAAAAAAUGGAAGGUGUCUACACAAAUGCUCGGAAACAGCUGCUGAUUUCUUCUGUUCCUGCUAUUCUUAUUCUUCAUCUGAAAAGAUUCCACCAGGCUGGUUUGAGUCUACGGAAAGUAAAUAGGCACGUGGAUUUCCCACUGAUUUUAGACUUAGCACCAUUUUGCUCCGCAUCUUGUAAGAAUGUUACAGAUGGUGCAAGAGUGUUAUAUAGCCUUUAUGGAAUAGUGGAACACAGUGGGUCGAUGAGAGGUGGUCAUUAUGCGGCGUAUGUGAAAGUCAGGACACCUUCCAAGAAAUUACUAGAGCAUAUUUCUACCACUAAAAAUGUUCUAGGUUUAAAAGAAGCCAUGGGGGCAUCAGGAGGACAGUGGGUAUAUGUUAGUGAUGCCCAUGUUCAGAUGGUUCCAGAAUCAAGAGUACUAAAUGCACAAGCAUAUCUACUUUUUUAUGAAAGAUUAUUACUAUAAUUCUCAACAGUUUAAUCUAAAAGAUGGUAGUGGCUAUUUAGUUAAGCUUAUUUAAAGCUGCAGUGACAAGACUACCUGUAAAUAUUGUGCCUUUAUCUUGUAGAGAAUUUAUCAUAUGUUUACUCUGAAGUUCAGUCAAGCUAUUAUAGGUAUCUGAAUGGUUCUCUUAAAGUAUGCACUUUGCCCAACACUUACAAUUCCUGGUUUCAUUAAAAUACAGUACUGCUAGAAUGUAAGAUGAUGUCCUAUCCUACUGAGGUCUAUGGAAAGUUUCUUUUUGAUUUUAAUAAAGAUAAGCUUUCACCCAUAGUUCUAGAACAGCUGAAAAUAAAAAUGCUGGUAGUGUUAAGUGCCUGGAUUUGCUGGUGUACAGUAAAAAUAUAAAGUAUCUCAACAUCUAGUGAUCUAGUCCAGAUCCUUCCCAUCCCUGGGUUGGAUGUCAGCUGUUAGGAUUUCUGCAAGACCCUGUCAAAUCAUGUCGCUUCUACUUGUAGUAGUUGGAAACAACAGUGUUUCCAGAAAGGAGUAAAACCAGCUGUGUGGGUAAUGACACAGUGCCCUUUCCUGAUAGAUCUGGGAAUAGACUGGAAGAACAUGGCUUCUACAAAGUGACAGUGAAUUCUCAGAUACCCAGAGCCCUUUCAGGUGUCUCCAACUGGCACUGGUACAGCAGUGUACUCCUGUUUUAAUAUAAAUAGAUACUUGGUGUGCAUAUGUAUAUCCUCUGAGAUAUAUGUGCACGUGUAUGUGUGUACAUACAUAUGCACACCAUAAAUCCAUCAAUAUAUAUUGUCGUUUUACCUACUAGGAAAGAGAUUUGCAAAUACUUAUGUAUUUAGUAUAUUUUCAACUUCAUUAUUAUGACAAUGUACAGCAUACAGCUUGUGUAUGAAUAUGUAUGGGGUUUAAGUGUAAUUGGGUAAUUCUGUUACUUUUGGUUCUAAACAUGAAUUUGUUUAUCUGUUCCUGAAUACUUUUCUCACAGCAGUAAUAAACUAUAAAUUAUUUUUGCAC